CACACUUGCACAGCUGUCUUCUGAAGAUGUCCGCGUCCACAGAUGCUGAGAGUCAGACCUCCGAUGCGCGCUCCCGCACCAGGUGUCUGGACACCUUCCUCACCGUGUCCGUGAUCGCGCUCUUCGUCGUGUUUCUCGUCGUGCUCGCCGCCGCGUUGUUUUUCGUCAAACACGUCGAGAGCGAGAUUAACGCGCAGACGUCGCAAGUUUCCAACGGAUACACGGACAAACUCAAGGCGGGCGCUGGAGCCGCAUAUAAUAUGCAGAAUUUUGCACACCUGAGGCCCACCAACAGUCAACUGGUGGAAGGCGAGGUGGAGUGGGAAUCUAUAUCUUAUGUUAAGGGACAGUCCAUCGGUUCGAUGUACAGCUAUGAGAAGAAAGAUAGAGUUCUGACCGUGAAGGCAGCUGGAAGCUACUUCCUGUACGUCCAACUCACUUUUACCUGCACACACAUAUGUCCAUCCAGUCAAUUUACCGCCAGCUUUUACGAUCAACAUGAGAACAAGCAGCUGACCUGUACAGUCUCGCUGCCGAAUAUGCCAGAUAUGAACGGAUCGCUACCGGUUAACAGGACAUGCUGGCGUGUCAUCACGUUUCUGGAAAAGGAAAGUAGUCUACUGGCAAAAACUACGUUUUCAGAACAGAACCUCGUCAAUUGGAAGCUGGAUUUGAACAAUUCUGGAUUUGGGAUGUUUGUGGUUGACAGACUAGGAGCUGCAUGAGGUCAUUGCGCAUGGCCGUGAGGAACUAGACUAAUUUCAGGAGAACACGGACUCCUUGCAUGCAGCUAUGAGCUCGUGGGUCUCAAACCCUCAUCGGCACUUUCUUUUUUUGUAUACUCAGCCCAGACGCAAUCUUAGCGAAAAGAAUAACAGAAAAAUCUGUUAUUCGCAAAGUUCACAUUCCUCGGCCAAAUUGCGACCAAAGAGGUAAACAAAGGUCUUUAAGCUCUAUUUAUAAUUGAAAUAUAUUUAUGUGUUAUUACAUUUAUUAUAAUUGUAAUAUUUAAACUCAUAGUUUGUUUAUAUUGUAUAUAUGAUGUGUUAAUGUUAAGUGUAAAACAGUGUAGAUAGCACUACAUAUGAGCAGUGUCAUGGGCCUCUUUCCAAUAAUGCUUGACCGAUGGGGAAAGUUUUUGGCUAUUUGUGUCAUUGAGGGACAGUUUUCCUAGCAUAGCAUGUUAACAGCUGUGGCUCUGGGAGGCCGUCCUUUGAGGAAUGUUUUCACUCUUCUGAAAACUGUAAAAACCCCAAAAGCUGCAUGUGUGAAUGUACGUGAAUGACUCUUCACCCACACACACUUGUGUUGUGCUGUAUG